AUGCAGCCCAUUUGCUCUAAUUGCACCACCGCCGGGCUGGUAUGCGACUACGGGAGUCGCUUGCUGAGUGCCACCAGGCGGACCCCCCUACUGGGAGCUAGAGCUCAGUCACUGCCAACGACUCCUGCUCCUGGCGGUACCCCCCUGGAAAGCCCUGCAGGUUAUCAACCCGUCAACAUGCUCCAUGUCGAACUGUUCCAUAACUUGCACACGCAAAUACGCACCGUCCUCGACCCAAAUAGGUCUAUAGCCUGGCUAGCGGAUGAUGUGGCUUACUUAGUUACGACGCCAUAUCUUGUUAACGAGUUGCUCGCAUUCAGUGCACUGCACUUAAGUACUACACGGCCGGAUCGGCGAGAAUACUAUCGCUAUCAUGCAGCCCAACUGCAAACCCAGGCAUUAUCUAUCUUCAAAGAAUCAUCUCCUCAGGUAACACAAGAGACCUGCAUCCCUUUGUUUGUCUUUGCCGUCAGCUUGGGUAUCCACACACUCUGCGACACACUUAUCUACCGCGAAGGUCAUUUUGCUAAUUUUCUCGAUCGCUUCGUUCAUUUUUUCCGCCUCUACUACGGCGUCCGCACUAUAGUUGAUGAAUCAUGGCACAUGAUCCAGGACACGCCUCUUGCCUCAUCCUUCAAUAUAGGCACGGACCUGUACAGAUUCAAUGGUCACCUCGGGCCCGUCUGCCAGACCUUGCUGAGCCUGAUUAACCGCGCGAAUCUUGGUAAAGAACUCACAGAUAUCUAUAGACAGGCGAUUGAGUCACUACAGUCAUGCCUAAAGGUGAUAGAGGACCGGAGCGAGUUGCAUGUCGGGAUUAAUGCUGUGACGACAUGGCCGAUCUUAAUAAGGAUAGAGUUUGCGGAGUUAAUCGAGCAGAGACGGCCAGAGGCGAUGGUCAUUCUUGCACAUUAUGCGUGUACGUUGCAUCUAUUUAGGGAUAUCUGGCUUUUUGGGGAUUCGGGGGCGUUUAUCAUUCGAGAGGUUACGGGAUACUUAGGCCCGGAAUGGGAUGAGUGGAUGGCGUGGCCGAAUCAGAUGUUGAGAUCGUCACCAUCUACCUAA